UUAUCAGUCUACAUAAGCCUUAACAUGAUUCGAGAACUUCUUGUUGUGGGGUACCUACUGUGCGGCGAAGUGUUCUGUACAGAACCAGCGUGUAUAAAUUAUACACCAAACCGGUUUGAAUACGAGAAUAGUGUUAUUGGGAAACUGAUUUAUCUGGAAAUGUUUAAAACCGAUGCUACUGCAAGGAUCGUUGCUUUGGAAAGACAAUCUCAAGGUGCAUCAACGCCAUCUCCGCUGGCACAACGUAGUUCGUCAACAUACAUUCACUGGGGCAUGAAAUCGUGUCCGAACGGGACAACUACGACAAUGGUAUAUAGCGGACAAGCAGCCGGUGGACAUUUCCAACACACAGGCUCUGGUGAAUACAUUUGCUUGCCAAACGACCCUGAGUAUGACAAAUACAAUAACAUCAAUGAUGGUUAUAGAUCACUAAUGUAUGGGGCUGAGUACGAAACAGGCCAAAAUCCUCCAGCUUUAGGCGAUCUCUACGAGAAUGACGUACCGUGUUCUGUUUGUCUUGCUCGCGGAAAGACAAUCUUGAUGAUUCCUGGCCGUACAUCGUGCUACAACGGAUGGACCAAGGAGUAUCAGGGAUAUCUGAUGGGGGAGUCCCAUGGGCAUCAAGGCAAAGGAUAUGUCUGCAUGGACAAAAACGCCGAGGCGCUGCAUUCAAGCUAUUCCGAUCUUAAUGGCGCUCUGUUCUACAAUGUCGAAGGUCGGUGUGGUACAUUGAAAUGUCCUCCGUAUAUCGAGGGAGCAGAACUAGCCUGUGUCGUUUGUUCAAACUCAACAUAACUGAUAGUAUGAUAAAUGCAAUGCAACCAUAUAUUUAUUGAUCUUUAUUUUCGAACUUGCUUUGUAUAUACAUUUUUUUCUAAUUUUAACUUAUGCAAAAAUACGGUUGUUAACACCUUAUACAUAUGCAACCUAAAUUCCGUACGUAUAGUUUCGCAUCAAUUCAAAUAAACAGUUAGACAGAGAAAAUAGCAAUAACUGAAAUUGCUUCGCUUAUAUUGUAUUUGUUGGUUUUACUUUUUGUUUCAAUUUAAAUUUAUAUCUUCUUUUUUUUUAAAUGUAUGAAUUGAUUGUUCAAUAUAUAAUAACUUCGAGUUCAAAUAGUAAUGCCUCUUAAUAUUUAUGUAAUGCUUGCUUUCCUGAUUUUAACUUUGCACUACUUAUAAAAUUCUUAUAUCAAAUACAAGUAUAAUACACGUAUGCUUUAUUUACAAUUAAGUUUUCGUGUUAUUUAAACUAUCUUAUAUCAACAUAAACUGUGGUAAUGGGGAUUUAAAAAUGUAUCUAUUGCAAAG